CAGUAGACCAGUAGAGACGGCACUCCUCUUCUUGGUCUCUCCCUAUCAACCGGCCUCUGCAUUAGCCACAUGCAGGAGAGAACUUCUCCAUGAGGUGGUGCUUAACUUUCUGCUAAACCACCACCCGGUGUUCCGAGUCAUGCCCACCAAGGACUCGACACAUGAUUUUUUUUUUAGGGUGGGUAUUGAUUCGAUUGAGUGGCCAGUUGUUUGUACAAAUGCGGGAGCAUCAAAAAAAAGCUAGCAUCACUCACAUCGGCGCGCCAAUGGAGUCGUCGGCUAGCACGGUCGCUGCCUCGCCGCGGGCGCACGUCGUGCUGGUCGCCAGCCCCGGCGCCGGCCACCUCAUCCCGAUGGCCGAGCUCGCGCGGCGGCUCGUCGCGCACCACGGCCUCGCGGCCACGCUCGUCACCUUCACCGACCUGUCGGCGCCGAACGCCCACCCCACCGUCCUUUCGUCCCUCAGCGCCACCCAAGUCUCCACCGUCGCUCUCCCCGCCGUCCCGCUCGACGACCUCCCCGCCGACACCCGCAUCCAGACCGUGCUGUGGGAGCUGAUCGGCCGCUCCAUACCGCACCUUCGGGCCCUGCUCCGCGACAUCAGCUCCACCUCCCCGCUCGCCGCGCUGGUGCCGGACCUCUUCGGCUCCCCGGUGCUGCCCCUCGCCGCCGAGCUCGGCGUCCCGGCCUACGUCUUCUUCCCCAGCAACGCCACCGCGCUCGCCCUCAUGCGCAGCGCUGUGGAGCUCAACGACGGGGCUGCUUCCGGCGAGUACCGUGACCUCCCGGACGUUCUCCGGCUUCCCGGCGGCGUGUUGCUGCGCCGCGAGGACUACGCGGACGGGUUCGAGAACAGCAAGGAACCGGCCUACGCGCGGCUCAUCGAGGAGGGCCGCCGGUACCGCGCUGCCGACGGCUUCUUGGUGAACACCUUCGACGAGAUGGAGCUCGGCAACCCGGAGGAGAUCAAGCAGGCGGUGGAGCAAAGCACGUUCCCGCCUGUUUAUCCUGUGGGGCCGCUCAUCCGUCCAAGCUCCGACGAAGAUGGCGCGUCGGCGUGCUUGGAGUGGCUGGAUAGCCAGCCAACGGGGUCUGUGGUGUUCCUCUCCUUUGGGAGCGCCGGCGCGCUGUCUGUGGAGCAGACGGCCGAGCUCGCCGACGGGCUGGAGGACAGCGGUCAUCGGUUCCUCUGGGUCGUGCGCAUGCCAAGCCUGGAUGCCAUCAAUUUCGCCAUGUUUACAGGACACAGGAGCGACAGGGACGACCCACUGGCAUGGCUUCCCGAGGGGUUCGUGGAGCGGACGAGCGGACGUGGCCUCGCCGUGGCGGCGUGGGUGCCGCAGGUGCGCGUGCUCUCGCACCCGGCGACGGCGGCGUUCGUGUCGCACUGCGGGUGGAACUCGACGCUGGAGAGCGUGGCGUCCGGCGUGCCGAUGGUCGCGUGGCCGCUGUACGCGGAGCAGAGCAUGAACGCCGUGCUCCUGUCGGAGAACGUGGGCGUGGCGCUGCGGCCGCGCGCGACGCGGGCGGACGGGCUGAUCGCGCGGGAGGCGAUCGCGGCGGCCGUGCGGGAGCUGAUGGAUGGUGGGGAGAAGGGGCGCACCGUGCGCCUCCGGGCCGGGGAGCUGCAGCAGGCGGUGGUGCGGGCGUGCGCGCCCGAGGGGUCGUCCUGGCAGAUGCUGCAGGAGGUCGCCGGCAAGUGGAAAGCGGCCGCGCUUGGCCGGCAGAAGCAGUAGAAAACUUGCAAGCCCAGAGACAAGUGAUCGUCGAUGUGCAUGGGUCGUCGACCCCGUGUGCUUUGGUUUGUACUACCUGACGAUGAAAAUAAUGAAUGUGUGCGUCUCCGUUACCUUCGUUUGAUCUUAGCCUCUUGGGCCUGAAAAUAAGAUUGAUGGGAUGAGCAGCUGACACGACUCUGGGGAGAGCCAGCUUCCCAUGCUCGAACAGGGAUAUAGACAUCAAUGUAGAUACAAACUUGCCCUAAUGUGGGAUGGAUGUGAUGAAAUUGAACCAUGAUGCA